AUGAGAGUUCUACCUACCACGCUGCUGGUGGGAGCUGCUUCUGCGGCUGCCCCGCCCAUUCAGCAGAUCCUCGGAGCUCCCCAGGAGCAAGUGGAGACCUUGGCCCAGCAGGGUACGAAUGCCUUCUCCAAGCCACUGCAGCAGCUCCAGGACAACUUCAAGACGCUCUCAGAUGAGGCUCGCCAGCUCUGGCAGGAAGUGUCCAACUACUUCCCAGAAUCCAUGGACCAUGCCCCCAUGCUCUCGUUGCCCAAGAAGCAUACCCGUCGCCCGGACGCGCACUGGGAUCACAUUGUCCGUGGUGCCGAUGUCCAGAAUGUCUGGGUGACUGGUGCUGAGGGCACCAAGGAGCGCGAGAUUGGAGGCAAGCUGGAGACCUACGAUCUCCGUGUCAAGAAAGUCGACCCCAGCUCCCUGGGUGUUGACCCAGAUGUGAAGCAGUACAGUGGUUACCUGGAUGAUAAUGAGAACGACAAGCACCUUUUCUACUGGUUCUUCGAGUCUCGCAAUGACCCCGUGAACGACCCGGUUGUUCUGUGGCUGAAUGGUGGCCCCGGCUGCUCGUCUCUGACUGGGUUGUUUAUGGAGCUUGGCCCGAGCUCUAUCGACAAGAAUAUCAAGGCCAAUUACAAUCCUUACUCGUGGAACUCCAAUGCCUCUGUGAUUUUCUUGGAUCAGCCCGUCAAUGUCGGGUAUUCUUACAGUGGCUCCUCCGUUAGCGACACGGUGGCCGCGGGCAAGGACGUCUAUGCCUUGCUGUCUCUCUUCUUCAAGCAGUUCCCUCAAUACGCCAAGCAAGACUUCCACAUUGCUGGCGAGUCGUAUGCCGGUCACUACAUCCCGCAGUUCGCCUCUGAGAUUCUUUCUCACAAGAAGCGAAACAUCAACCUCAAGUCUGUUCUCAUUGGAAACGGUCUCACCGACGGCCUUACCCAAUACGAGUACUACCGUCCCAUGGCCUGUGGUGAUGGUGGUUACCCGGCUGUCCUGGAUGAGAGCAGCUGCCGGUCCAUGGACAACGCUCUGCCGCGCUGCCAGCAGAUGAUUGAAGCCUGCUACAACAGCGAAAGUGCCUGGGUCUGCGUCCCGGCCUCUAUCUACUGCAACAACGCCCUUCUCGCGCCGUACCAGCGCACUGGCCAGAAUGUCUACGACGUCCGUGGCAAGUGUGAGGACUCGAGCAACCUGUGCUACAAGGGCAUGGGCUACGUUAGUGAUUACCUCAACAAGGAGGAGGUGCGCAAGGCCUUGGGUGCCGAGGUCGAGAGCUACGACUCGUGCAACUUUGACAUCAACCGUAACUUCCUUUUCCAUGGCGACUGGAUGAAGCCCUUCCACCGUCUCGUGCCCGGUUUGCUGGAGCAGAUCCCUGUUCUGAUCUACGCCGGUGAUGCCGACUUCAUCUGCAACUGGCUCGGCAACAAGGCCUGGACCGAGGCUCUCGAGUGGCCUGGCCAGUCCAAGUACGCUGCGACCCAGCUGCAGGACCUCGUGAUCGAACAGAACGAGCACACUGGCAAGAAGAUCGGCCAGGUCAAGUCCCACGGCAACUUCACCUUUAUGCGUCUCUACGGCGGUGGACACAUGGUCCCCAUGGACCAGCCCGAGUCUGGCCUGGAGUUCUUCAACCGCUGGCUGGGUGGUGAGUGGUUCUAG